GUUUGUUUUUGGUUUCAAAGAUCUGCCCAAAAGAUACGCGGUUGCUCUUCUUCUGGAAAAGCCUGAUUGGUAGGAUUCCUCCAAGCGCUUAGUCUGAAGUGCUUUUACCCAUCGCCUCACCAGCUUCAAACCUCCAGCUUGCCAAGAGCCUCUGGAGGAAAACCUGUGGCUUCCAUCAGUUUCACACGAAUGGCUGAUCCUGGAGGUGGUGCUGUCUGCAAUGGGACUCUUCUCACUCAGAGUGAGGACUGUCACGGGAAAAGCUGUACAAGGAAUGGGAUUGUGAAAGAAGCCCAGCAAAAUGGAAAUCCAAAUUUUUAUAAGCCAAUUGUUGAAUCCUUUGAGGAAGCACCUCUACAUGUUAUGGUUUUCACUUACUUGGGAUAUGGAAUUGGAACGCUGUUUGGCUAUCUCAGAGAUUUUUUGAGAAACUGGGGAAUAGAAAAAUGCAAUGCUGCUGUAGAGAGAGAAGAACAAAAAGAUUUUGUGCCACUGUAUCAAAACUUUGAGAAUUUUUAUACACGGAACCUUUACAUGAGAAUCAGAGACAACUGGAACCGGCCCAUCUGCAGUGCCCCGGGGGCUCUGUUCGAUGUGAUGGAGAGGGUGUCAGAUGACUACAACUGGACGUUUAGGUUUACUGGAAGAGUCAUCAAAGAUGUCAUCAAUAUGGGUUCUUAUAACUUCCUUGGCCUGGCAGCCAAGUACGAUGAAUCCAUGAGGACAGUAAAGGAUGUUUUAGAGACGUAUGGCCUAGGCGUGGGCAGCACCAGACAUGAAAUGGGAACCUUGGAUAUACAUAAAGAGUUGGAGGACCUCGUGGCUAAGUUCCUGAAUGUAGAAGCUGCUAUGGUCUUUGGGAUGGGAUUUGCAACGAACUCAAUGAAUAUCCCUGCACUUGUUGGAAAGGGAUGCCUCAUUUUAAGCGAUGAGUUAAACCAUACAUCUCUUGUGCUUGGGGCCCGACUCUCAGGUGCAACCAUAAGGAUUUUCAAACACAACAACAUGCAAAGCCUAGAAAAGCUCCUGAGAGAUGCUAUAAUCUACGGCCAGCCUCGAACCCGCAGAGCUUGGAAAAAGAUUCUCAUCCUAGUGGAGGGCAUCUACAGCAUGGAAGGUUCCAUUGUGCGUCUGCCCGAGAUCGUGGCUCUAAAGAAGAAAUACAAGGCGUACCUCUACGUAGAUGAAGCUCACAGUAUUGGGUCCGUGGGCCCGACCGGCCGGGGUGUGGUGGAGUUCUUUGGAAUGGACCCCGGAGAUGUUGAUAUAUUCAUGGGCACCUUCACCAAAAGCUUUGGCGCCUCAGGAGGUUACCUAGCUGGAAGGAAGGAUCUCGUGGAUUAUUUACGGGCUCACUCACAUAGCGCUGCUUAUGCCACCUCCAUGAGCCCUCCAAUAGCAGAGCAAAUCAUCAGAGCAAUGAAAUUCAUCAUGGGACUGGACGGGACCACGCAAGGGUUGCAGAGAGUACAGCAACUUGCCAAAAACACCAGAUACUUCAGAGAGAAACUGAGCAAAAUGGGAUUCAUUAUCUACGGCAAUGAGGAAUCUCCCGUCGUCCCCCUGCUCCUUUACAUGCCUGCUAAAGUAGCAGAAUGUCAAGUAUGCAACACCAGAGGGUGGCAGUGGGGAGUGUGCUGGAUACUUUCGACUUUGAUGAUGGAAGCUGGAAUGGGAACCUCAACUGGCUGGGAACAAGAGUCCAUUCAGCGGGAAGAGUCCAUGAAGAAUAAAAACGAAUGCAUUUCAGUACAGGAGUUCAAGUGCACAAGGACAGAACACAGAACGGAAGAGGGGGUUCCCCUCCUCCUUUAUAUGCCAGGAGUCCUGACCAGACAAAGCCCAUGUGAAAAAGGAAAAUAAAACUGAGAGGGAGUUUCCUGGAAAAGUUAUGUUCUAAUGUAUAGUGAGAUGUUUGGAAUGAAAAAGAAUUUUGAUUCUGCGUCUUCCUCGCUGGGGGAUCUAGAACAAGUUAGCCAACCUUCUGAAGCCCCAGUUUUCUCAUAUUGAAAAUGGGAUAGACUAGGACCUAUUUCCUAAGAUCAUUUGAAGAUUAAGUAAGACGAAGUCUAUCAGCAUUUGGCAUGUCGUCUCUUAUAUAGGAGCUACUCGGUAUUGGCUGUUAUUAUUAAUAGUAUUAAUAAUGUAUAGAAAGCACUUCAUAUAGUAAUUGAGUAAACACUCAAUCAGUGGUAGCAGUAUUAUUACUACUUCUACUACUACAGAUGGCUUCUCAAAAUAAUGAUUAGAAUCUUUGGUCCCAUUAAUAAAAAUAAAACUUCCAGUAAAAGAUGAGGAAAAGAUCCUGCUAUGUUCUGCAUCAGUUAUGCUAUGGAUGAUAUGUCAAACUAUCUAGAGCCUUCCAACUUAAGAUAGUUUUUAAGAAGAAGGUAACAUUGCUGGAUGUUAACUAUAUGCUAAGGAAGGCUCUUAAACCCAGUGAUCCCCCACUGAAGGUGGGAUGCUUAGCUCUGGUUUACAAAUGAGGACACCUAGAGGCACAAAGUCAAAUUACUUUCUCAGGGUUGUUCACGUUGUAGGUACUAGAGCCCAGAAUGCAAGCCAGUUCCAUUUGCCUCCUAAACCAGAGCUCUUUUCAAUGCACAGCACAGCCUCUCAAGCUUUAGUCCAUAGGGGGAAGAUACACAUCUCUUUAAAGCAAUGCAGAGUAUAAUUUAACCCUCUUUAAUGUCAUUAUUGGUGCAUCAAAUGGCAUCGAUCACUACAAUGGGAAAAAUCUAAUUAUUUGGGCUGUCUAAGGAAAUUUAGAACAGGGGAGUUACAAAAGGUAAUAGUAUCUAUUGUCGACAAGAGUUGCUGCUGCCCAGUCUUGUUUCUUCUCUGAUGUUUCUUCGAUGGAAAGUUUACGUUCAGAGAAGAUUUUGAAACGGGGCGUUAAUUGGCUAAGCCAGUAGGAGCAUGUGUUUCACUUGCUCAUUUAAAAACCUUUGCUUUGGGGCUUCCCUGGUGGUGCAGUGGUUAAGAAUCUGCCUGCCAAUGCAGGGUUUACGGGUUCAAUCCCUGCUCCAGGAAGAUCCCACAUGCCACAGAGCAACUAAGCCAUGCACCACCACAACUACUGAGCCUGCGCUCUAGAGCCCGUGAGCCACAACUAUUGAGCCUGUGUGCCGCAGCUACUGAAGCCUGCCCGCCUAGAGCCCGUGCUCCUCAACAAGAGAAGCCACAGCAAUGAGGAGCCCACGCACCACAACAAAGAGCAGCCCCCGCUUGCCACAACUAGAGAAAGUCCAUGUGCAGCAACGAAGACCCAAUGCAGCCAAUUAAAUAAAUAAAUAAAUAAAUUUCUUAAAAAAAAUCUUUGAUGUUAUUAAAAAAGUGUGAUUUCUCCACAUUUCCAACUACCACAGAAUGAAAACAUUAUCUCUAGCCAGGUAUCCUUUUGAAUAAAGUCCUGUUGCAACUCUACCACUGGAAUCUUC